AUACGCCAAGAGAUCAGUCGAGAAGAGGGAGCGCUGAAGGAACUCCGAACAGUUGAGACAGGACAACGGAAGAGAAGUCGUUUUACUGACUGGAUCACCCGAAAAUGGAAACGACGGUCAGGUGCACCGUCAACGCAUGUAACCACAUGGUCGGUGGAUGACGUAUCCUUGUGGCUGAACUCACUCGGUCUGUCACAUUACGCCAGUCAAUUCAAAGCAAACGACAUUCGCGGGCAUGAACUGAUUCACUUGGAGCGAACGGAUAUGAAGGACCUAGGAGUGCUGAAGAUUGGUCAUGCAAAAAGGCUA